AUGAUUAAUUCAGCACUGACCAUUUCCGUAGUUCUCUGUUGUUGUUUGGCAGUCGCGCGGGGCCAAGUGAGAGCUUUCGAUAAGAUAACCUUCAGCAAUGUCGGUUUUGCCGGUACAUUCCAACCAGUUUCUAGAUUUAGGAACAUUGGCGAUGCGGACAGGUGCACCUGUGAGGUUGGUGAGAGACAGUGGUUCUCAGGAAACAAUGCGCCAUUAGCAGACCAUGUUUCAGUUCAUUUCCGUGGACCCUUGAGAUUAAGUCAGUUUGCUUACUAUACCACAGGACAAUACGUUAUUGGUGACGACGGUACUGAUUCAUGGACCCGUAGAGCAUACUAUGGAGCAUCCUCACAGGUGAGCGAUAACGUCACAUUCAUGGGAAAUGUUGGUGAUAACUCUUCGUGCUUGGGAAGAGCUUUGGAUUAUGUCAGCUAUGAUGGUCUUACGAAGGCUGCGGGUUCCACAUUAUUAAGAUCAGACAAUUACAUCAGCUCGGAUGAAGAGUACGCCAUUUUCUCCAAUGUGUCUUGUCCCAACUCCGGCCUAGGAAGAGGUUGUGGUGUUUACCGUGAUGGAAUCCCAGCAUACUACGGAUUUGAUGGUGAAACCAAGAUGUUCUUAUUUGAAUUCGAGAUGCCAAGAGAGACCCAAACCAAUUCAUCUUCCUUCAGUUAUUACGACUUGCCAGCAAUCUGGCUAUUGAACGAUAACAUUCCAAGGACUUCUCAAUACCCCUCAAAUGCGAACUGUUCAUGCUGGGCAAGUGGGUGCGGUGAAUUCGAUAUCUUCGAAGUCAUGAACGGCACCCAAAGGGACAACUUUUACUCCACAUUCCACACUUUCCAAGGGAUUGAAGAUCUAGGUACUGGUAUCCAAUCGUAUGGGUACAUUCCUAGAGACACCCAAAACACAAUGAGAGGCGGAGUAGUGUUCGAUUCCGACGGUAACGUCGCGACCUUCCUAUCGAACUCCACACAAUUCGGCGCCAACAUAUCGGUCUCAGACAUAUCUUCUUUGCUCGCAGAUUUCUCCACCUCCCAGUCCUAUUCGAGCGCCUUGGCCUCAAUAUCGGGCACAGCCCCUACUACAACUUCGAGAUCAAGCGGUUUCGCCCUCACCGAAAAACAAGGUGGUCUGUGGUACUACCUCUUUACUCUGUGUACUGCAAUCGCCCACAUUUUUGUGAUCUGA